GUAACCAGCCCCGGGUAAAGAUGGCGGCUGGGUAUUUUUGGUUGUAAACGUUUGUUGUCCAAUUUCUUUUUUUUCUUAUCGUCCACAAAGAUUCAGCUUUUUUGUAUCUAUACACAGAUAUCUGCUAUUCUCGUUUGUCCAUCCUUGUGUCUCUUCUUACCCUGCUGCACCGGCUGCUGCAUGUCUGCAGGUGACAGGGGGCGUUUUACUGAUCAUUUUCUCACCUGUCUGUGCAGCACCGUUAAAUACCUGACCUACUUCAGGUCCAGGAAGAAAUCCCUGCACUACUGCAAGAUUAAGGACCCCAAGCUGGAGGAGAUGGAUGAGCAGAGCGUGGAGAGUAUAGCUGAAGUCUUUAGAUGCUUCAUAUGCAUGGAAAAGCUGCGUGAUGCUCGUCUCUGUCCACACUGCUCCAAGCUAUGCUGCUUUAGUUGUAUCCGGAGAUGGCUAACCGAACAAAGAGCUCAGUGUCCACAUUGCAGAGCUCCCUUGCAGCUGAGAGAGUUGGUAAAUUGUCGAUGGGCAGAAGAAGUUACUCAACAGCUAGAUACACUUCAGUUGUGCAGCCUUAACAAACAUGAGGAAAAUGAAAAGGACAAAUGUGAAAAUCAUCAUGAAAAACUAAGUGUAUUUUGUUGGACUUGCAAGAUUUGUAUAUGUCACCAGUGUGCCCUUUGGGGGGGAAUGCACGGGGGACAUACUUUCAAACCUUUGGCCGAAAUCUAUGAGCAGCAUGUUACAAAAGUAAAUGAAGAGGUUGCAAAACUUAGAAGACGACUUAUGGAAUUGAUCAGUCUUGUUCAAGAAGUGGAAAGAAAUGUAGAGGCUGUCCGUGGUGCUAAGGACGAGCGUGUUCGAGAAAUACGCAACGCAGUCGAGAUGAUGAUUGCGCGACUUGAUACUCAGCUUAAAAACAAACUCAUCACACUAAUGGGUCAAAAGACAUCUCUAACUCAAGAAACUGAACUGCUAGAGUCACUGUUGCAAGAAGUGGAGCAUCAGCUUCGAUCUUGUAGCAAAAGUGAGCUUAUCGCCAAGAGUCCCGAAAUUCUGAUGAUGUUUCAGCAGGUUCACAGGAAACCCAUGGCAUCCUUUGUGACCACUCCAGUCCCACCAGACUUUACAAGUGAACUAGUCCCUACUUAUGAUUCCACUGCAUUUGUCUUGGAAAACUUUAGUACUUUACGUCAGCGAGCCGAUCCUGUAUACAGUCCACCUUUACAAAUAUCUGGCCUUUGUUGGAGGUUAAAAGUUUACCCAGAUGGUAAUGGCGUUGUACGUGGCUACUACUUGUCUGUCUUUUUAGAACUUUCUGCUGGUCUUCCAGAAACAUCAAAGUAUGAAUAUCGUGUAGAAAUGGUUCACCAAUCUUCUAAUGACCCAGCUAAAAACAUAAUUCGAGAAUUUGCUUCUGAUUUUGAAGUUGGAGAGUGCUGGGGAUACAACCGGUUCUUUCGUCUUGAUUUGCUUGCUAAUGAAGGUUAUUUGAACCGAUCAAAUGACACAGUCAUUUUAAGAUUCCAGGUUCGUUCUCCUACAUUCUUCCAGAAGUGUCGAGACCAGCACUGGUACAUCUCUCAGUUAGAAGCAGCACAAACAAGCUAUGUUCAGCAAAUAAACAACUUGAAAGAAAGACUUGCCAUUGAACUAUCAAGAAGCCAGAAAUCUAGAGGUGUCUCUCCUCCAGACACACAUCUUAGUCCUCAGAAUGAUGAAAGCACCGAUGCCAGGUCUAAAAAGUCGGACAUCAAUCUUGAGACCAUUCCAUCUCUACCUUCUCCAAGAGAAGCAGAGGAAGAUGAUGACAAAAUCCUUCAUAUGUACAGUCAGGAUCUGUCUGAUGGAGACCUAGAUCUGGAUCUAGCUGGGGAUGAAGAAGCCAACCAUCUAGAAGGCAGCUGCUCCUCUGCUAGCUCCACUGCCACCAGCAACACUGAAGAAAAUGAUAUAGAUGAAGAGACCAUGUCAGGAGAGAAUGAUGUGGAGUAUAGCAGUAAUAUGGAUUUGGAAGAAGGGGAAUUGAUGGAGGAUGCAGCUGCUUCUACAGGAGCCUCAGCUACCAAUCACGGUUAUGGAACUGGAAGAAACACCAGACGCUCAGGAGGAAAUAUUGGGGCCUCCAGCAGUAUGAGUUUACUGGAUUUGGAUCCCCUGAUUCUCAUUCACUUAUUGGACCUUAAGGAUCGAAAUAGUGUAGAAAAUCUCUGGAGCCUACAGCCCAGACCACCUACAUCAACCUUACAAGCUUCAGCAUCAUGCUCUCGCAAAGAGAGAGAUCAGCGGAGGCAGCAGACAUCCUGGCGGGUUAGUCCAGAUCUGAAAAUGCUGAAGCAAUACAAGACCCAAGUAUUAGAAGUUCGCAGCAAGCUUUCUGCUGUGAAGAGCCAACUCUGUGAGGUCAGGAGCAGCAGUUCUGGGGUCAGUGAAAGUCAAACCACAGGCUCAGGAGACCACAUGAGCAGUUCUGAGGGGUGCAGCAAAUUACAAGAGCUAGGAAUUGAGUUACUCAGGAAGUCUUCACUGGCAAGCUGUUAUGUGAGAAAUUCAACAAAUAAGAAAAGUAUUUCUCCCAAGCAUGCUCGGACUGGAGGAGGAGCAGGCAGUUUGUCUUUGCGACGAGCAGUAGACUGCGGGGAGAGUAACCAUCGCAUAAAGGGGGAGUGUCAAGUUCCUUCUGAAAGUUGCAGUAAUAGCACAAAGAACAGCAGCAGGCAUGGAUCACCUAGGUCUGGAAUAAACGGAUGUCCUUCUGAAGCACCUUCUAGCUCCAAGCAAGAUGACCUUCUCAGUUUGGAAAUUCAAUCAAUGUGUAUGGAGAAGACAAGAAAAGUAGUUACCCUUGGGUCUAAUUCAAAAGGAUGGAAUGCAAAAGAUGAUGCACAAACUGGAAGCUUAGAUGAAGAUAAUGAACCAGGUGAAAUAAGCCCUAUGCUUUCUGAUGGAGCACUGUCAUAUGCUGAGGAAGCUGCUGUGUGUUCCAAACACGUUCUACACAUUUUACCUGGAAUGAGUAGUGACAGUGAUAUUGAGUGUGACACUGAAAACGAGGAGCAAGAGGAAAGCAUUAAUUGCAGUGGCUUUAAUGACACUUUCACAGCACAGCCUACUACGGAAGAUCAAGGCUGCACUUUUUCACAAGACAGUAAUGUGAACGCAGAAGAUAUUUGCUCCCCUGGAGGAGAGGACAAUGGGAGGUAAUUUGGGGCAAGCUACGGAAACUUCUAUUGUGAUGAAGAUUUGACAUCUUAAACACUAGACUACUAAGCAACUUUUCCCUGUUUGGAUCUGUAUUAACUGUAAAUUAUUUAUUCAAUCUGCAUGGCUACAGCAGACAUUUGUAUGUUAAUGUAUAGUACAAAGAUGUGAUUCCUUUUUUAUUGUUUCUACAUGCCUGUGUAAGGACUAUAAUAAUAAUAAUAAUAAAUGCUCUUACAGAGAAUAAAAUAAUAGCCUAAAUCUACAUAUGUAACUAAAUAGGUGCUAGGUGACUGGAAAAGGUUAGCAAUAAGAGGCACACUGGCAUAAAAAGGUCCUCGUGCUUGGAAGUGUUAUUCUUAAUUUAAUUACCUUUGCUGUCAGCAUCUAAGGGAAUCAGUUGUGACUGCACUACAAAUAGUUAGACUAGUUUGGGGAACUAGUUAGGUAACAUUGUGUUCAUAUGCUAAUUAGGUGCCUUCACCAUUAUAUAAACACUAUAUUUGAAUUCUAAAUUUGCAUAACAUUGGAUGCCAAACGUCAGAGAAACCAGAACCAAAAACCGCUGAAAAAAAAUGAUUACAAUGAUAUGAAUAUUUAGCUAAAAUUACAUUUAUUUUAUUGCUGUUGCAUGUAAUACAUCAAACUGAAAAUGAUGCGACGAUAACAAACACAGCACUUGAGUGAGUAAUAAUUUUGCUGUAUACUGAAAUAUACAUAUAUUGUAGACGUUAGUUGCACUUAAAUCUUAUUUGCAUUGCAUUACUAAGUAUUUCCACCUCUGGACUGAAUGUUGCAAAACUGUGUAUUUUUUUGUAGAGAUCGAAGGUUAAAAAAAACAUAAAUAUUAUGUAAAUUAAUGACCAUAAAUACACUAAUUGAAAUACCAAUGUUCAAAUAUCCAUUUGCAUUUUCUUAAGACGGAUAUUACUUCUUUUUUUUUUUUUGCUUUUUUUUAACUUAGUACCACUUAAUGGAUAUUGAAAAUUAUCUUAUAUCCUCAACAUUUCUCACAAAAGAUACAAAUAUAUAAUAAUAAUUAAUUUAAUUUAAAAAUAGACUUUUUUUUUUUUCUUUUUUUUUUUUAUCCGUUCUCACAAACUGCUAAAAGCAAUAUUUCUCUACGUUGACAAUGGACUUCAAAUGUUAUUAUAAACAUUACUUGUGCCUGUUAUGGGGCUUUAGCAUUUUAAUGACUUUGUUCUAACUAAAUUUCCGAAUGAAAUACCUUUACUUGGUUUACUGACUACAAGAGUACUGUAUUGCUGCUCCAUAAAACAUGUAAGCAGCAACUAUGCCAAGCUUUUUGCUACUUUCCAUAGCUUUAACCUACUGUAUAUAUUAUUCUCUGAAAGUUCGAUACUGAUAUGAAUGUAAGCUAUUUAAAGUCAUAUUUUGUCAUGUUCACUGUCUCAUAGAUGUCUUAUUUUAUAUGCAUUGUUUAUAUUUUGUUUGUACAUUCAUUUCUUGUAGUUUUCUUUGAAGGUUUUGUUAAUAAAAUAUAAUAAAAAACA